AGCAUCCAGACUCCAGGCUGGACAUAGAGAUGGAUUUCAGUCAAAGCAGGAUCAAUGAAAGCACACAGUUCUGUUAUGAAUCAGUGAGUGGUUCAUGUCCUAAACCAAUCAUUUCUAUCAGUAUGCGUGUUGCAAAGUACAUAUUCCUGGUGACAGCAAUAGCAUUAACUGUUUGUGGAAACCUGUUUGUCAUAAUCUCCAUAGCACAUUUCAAGCAGCUUCACACACCCACAAAUUAUCUCACCCUCUCUCUGGCAGUAGCUGACUUCCUUCUGGGAGGAUUUAUUAUGCCCCCCAGCAUGAUCAGAUCCGUUGAAAGUUGCUGGUAUUUUGGAGACUUUUUUUGUAAAGUUCAUACCAGUACUGAUAUAAUGCUUUCCACAGCUUCCAUUUUGCACCUGUCCUUCAUUUCAAUUGACCGAUACUAUGCCGUGUGUUAUCCUUUGAGGUACAAAACUACAAUUACUGUAUUUGUCACACUUAACAUGAUUUUCAUUAGCUGGACUGUGUCAGCCAUUGUUGGAUUUGGAAUGGUAUUUCUAGGGUUAAAUAUACAAGGUAUAGAGGAUUUCUAUUACAAGAACUUUGACUGUGUAGGUGGUUGCAUUCUGAUACAAAGUGAAGCAUCAAGUAUGGUUUCCUCUUUCCUCUCCUUUUACAUUCCAGGACUUAUAAUGAUAGGCAUUUAUCUGAAAAUAUUCCUUGUGGCAAGACGACAGGCCAGGUCAAUUAGAGAUACAGAACAACAAAGACAAAACACUGAAGAAAAGAAAAAUACAACAGCAAAUAAGAGAGAGAGAAAAGCUGCAAAGACACUAGGGACAGUGAUGGGGGUCUUUCUCAUAUCUUGGUUACCAUUUUUCUUGUUCAACAUAAUGGAUCCAUUUUUUAAUUACUCAACUCCACCCCUUUUAGUAGAUGCACUGGUCUGGUUUGGUUAUUUGAACUCAACAUUGAACCCCUUUGUCUAUGCUUUCUUUUAUAGCUGGUUCAGAAAAGCGCUCAGAAUUAUUGCGCUUGGCAAAGUCUUUCAAAACGGUUCUUCAAGAACAAAACUUUUUGACGAGUAAUAUUAAUUCAUUUUUACCUUUACAUAGUUAACAGCACUAAAUGUUAAAUAAUUGUGCCAUUUUUAAUAAUCAGUUACACCUUGAGAUUUUUAAACUGCUGUGAUAAAGAAUUAUAUUGUAGUAAUUAAAAUUAAAAUAAACAAAUUAGUAAUUAAAGAAAAUAAAUCUGUAUCACACUACCAAAGGAUUAACAUCAAAAAUGAAAUUACAGUAAACCCUGUAUUACUGGUCACCCAGACUAAACAGUCAUGAUGUACACUUAGCCACUAACCCUGAAGCAUCUUCCAAAUCAAAUCUAAACUGAGUCCUAUUACAUUUUUUUCAGAUAAUUUCCUUAGCU